AUGUUAUUGUUAUUUCACGUGGGAAAUGAGUCUGAUGGAACUAUUUGUUCCAGGACGGCGCCGCUGAAUACUCACCCGACGCUGUCGCAGAUUAAUAAACGUCGAUUGGAGUUCGGAGUAGAUAUAGAAACGUUCAGACGGCAAGAUAGAAUCGAAAUCGAAGCGUCAAUGGAGGAUGAUAUAGCGGGUAAAAGACGAAGGCGGCUACUUGACGACGAUAGACGAGAUGAAACGGACCCAUAUCGUAAUUUUACGACACAUCGAACUAAUAUCCUAAGGCAUCCGACCGAAGAAGAAGAAGCUUUACUACAAAAAACACAAAAUGCUUUAAGAAACCUUAGUAAUUGGCCUCGUGACCAAGUUUCGUCCAUGCCUAAUGGUGAUGACAACGAAGAUGCAAAUGAUUUUGACAAUCUUUUUAAUGACAAAAGAUCGGAAAAAAUGUUGCCAUCUUCCCCCUCUCAAUCAUCUGACAGCGCAGAUCAUUCACAAAGAAGUUUUGCAAUACGUAAUCAAAAUGAAAUACCUCAAAUACAUGUCUAUGAAAAAGUAGAUCCUGAAGAAAAUUCCCAAAGAACCCUAAAAAUGGAGAAAGAAAAUAGUAUAGACCAUUAUGAUAAAGUUGAUAAAAGUCCAAAUCACUAUGAUGCUCCCAAUUUUGAUGAACUAGUUGAUUCAUCUUCAAAUGAAUUAGAAAUUGACAUGUCCGACCGCAUUGAUGACAAAUAUGAUGACGACAGGGAAACUAAAAAAAGGAAAUGUGAAAUUCUCACAGUCAAUAAACAAUCUCUAUAUAAUGCAUAUAAAGCUGCAACGGCAUCUUUACCAUAUUCAACACAAUCAGCGUUUAAGCCACCAGCAGAAGUUAAGCACAAAAUACAUGGAUCGUCAUUCCCCAGCGAGCCCUUUGGUGGAUACUCGAAUGAUCACGAUAAAAGUUCGAUACAUAAAGGAUCCAAACAAUACACAGUUUUACAGCCAGCAGGUGCGGGAUCACGAGCCGCAACAGCUUUACAAGAAGCUCGUACAGUGCCCUCAGCUCAGCCAGCACGUGAUAUGCGGCCGCUCAACCCACUUUCUCCUCCGGUUGCCAGAGAAGGCAACAAGUGUCCAACUCCUGGUUGCAAUGGGCAGGGCCAUGUUACCGGCCUCUAUACGCAUCACCGAAGUCUGUCAGGAUGCCCAAGAAAGGAUAAAGUCACACCAGAGAUCUUGGCGUUGCACGAGACAAUCUUAAAGUGUCCGACCCCGGGGUGUAACGGUCGUGGUCACGUCAGCUCUAACCGCAGUACACAUCGAUCCCUCUCAGGCUGUCCAACAGCCGCUGCACGUAAAGCCGCCGCUCGCUCUCAACGAGGAAGACCUCCGGUGCAAUUACCACCACCAGCGCCAGCAUUAGUGACUGUGCCUCCGGUACCAGCAACUACACCGAGUGAAAUAAACGCUUCAAGAGAACGCGAGCGAGCGCCAGCGGCAUCGCCGCGUAGUCCCCCCGUGAAACGCGAGGCUCCCGAACUGCUGGUGCCCAAGCGUGAGGCCGCCGAGCCCGAGCGCGACUCCCCCGGCAUGGAGACGCGCCACGCCGGCUACGGCGCGCCGCCCGACCAGCGUUCCCCGUAUGAACGACCGCCUGAUGACCACGUACGGUCUUACAGUCAAAUGAAUGAGGCUCGAUACGGUUACGAGGCGCGAUGCUAUGAAGGUGCCCCUGCCUUCGAGCGGUAUGAUCCCGCGCAAUGUCCACAAAGACCCUACGGGUGGGAAGAGGAGCGAUAUCACGACCCUCACCUACCAACUCCAAUGAAAACUGACCAAUCAGAACAAGAGACCAACUCCGGCCCUAUUUAUCCUAGACCAAUGUACCAUUAUGAAGCGAGUGGAGUAGGCGGCGUGGGCGUCAGCGCGAUGGGGCCGGGCGUUCCGCCCGGUUUCUCCGCAAUCAAUCUAUCAGUGAAGAUAGCAGCUGCACAGGCACAGCGACCUCGCAGCCCCACGCCAAGGGAUCCUCGUGAUCCACGUCCAGCCAUAGAUCUUUCCACAUCUAAUGGUAGUCCACAGGGUCCAUAUGCAUCACCGGUGUACACGAGCGCCGGUGGGGGCAGUGGGGGCGGAGCCCGAAGCAGCCCGCAGCCGGGUGCUUCGCCUCAGCUCACCGCCAGUCCCCAAGUUCCAAGUCCACAGGGCCAGACUCUCGACCUUAGUGUGUCCCGUUUACCACAUAGUCGGAGUUUCCCCGGUGGAGUUUCAUACAGCCGAGAAUCAACACCAGAUAGUGGAGGAAGCCAUCCGUACUUAGAAGCUUAUCAUCGAGACACCGCCGGUUACGGUGGUGUAAGUCCACAUCCCGUAGCUGGCUACGGCUUGGCCCAGCCCGACUACGCGGCAGCCGCGGCGGCGGCGGGCUACGGCGGCUACCAGUACCAGUGUGGCGCGUACCCGCCGCCCCCCGCCUACCCGCCGCACGCACCCCCCUACUCACCCCCUUGUUACAUGCCGCCGCCACACGCACCGCACGAUAAACCUAAGGAUAGCAGAACGUAUCUUAUAGCGAAGUCACAUUCAAUGGAUCAGUCUAAAUAUACCGGCGGCAGCGCGCGCGCACGCCGCGCGUCGGACGACGCUCUACAUAAA